CUUUUUCAACGAUCGAGAUUAAUGAGAAGAAAUCGCUUGUCCCUUGCGAGAUCUGACUACUUACCAUCAGUAGCUAAAAGCACACCUGAGGGAUACAAGAACAUUAAUAAUCCUUAUUAGACACUAGACGAUACUAGGAAUACUCAACAUAGCACAUAGGACUUUGUAGCAGCACGCGGUUUUUAGUCCAAGAUGCCAGCUAUGUCGAGCCGAUUGCUUGUGGCUAGUGCCGUCUUGCUGCUUGGCCAAGAUGUUGGGGCGAAGGAGGGCACGAAGAUGAACCUGAAGAAGGCGAGCAAGGUUCGCGUGCUGAAUGACCCUUCGGAGAAGGUAGGCGCUCGCAUCAACAUGUUGAAGCAGCUCCGCCAAAAGCUAAGCGCCAUGGCGGAGCAGAAGUUGCUGAAGGAUCAGAAACCGAAAUUGGACGAAGUGACGAAGAAAAGUAUGACAUUGGUCUGCUUUCCAUCUCCAAUAGAUUUUCUACCUUCCCGGAAACUGCACUGUGCUCUACUAGCUCCAGCCAGUCGCAAGCAACCACAAUGCUCAAUUUUUAUCCUAGCAUCACAUUGCCACCAUUCCUUUUUAUUUUGUUUUGUUAUCUUUUUUCUUUCUAACAAACUCGAUGUGGUUUUGGAUAUCGACUCUCCGAGCGAGGAAACGGUGGAGCAUGCGGUAAAGGACGUAGAGUCUGACGUCGAAGUAUUGAAAUCGGCACUGAUGCGUCGCGCGAUGGAACUCGCGGAUGAGCAGCACAAGCGCAUGCAAGAGCAAUUCAAGGCAACUGGUAUUUCGAUUACUAUCAGGAAGAAAGUGAGUAAGUACUACCAGAGAAACAUAUUUACAUGAGAAAGUAAGCUGAAGGACUAGGAAUAAAAUUCUCUUCACUCAAAAAGUAACUACCCAGACUAAGUGAGUGUCUGGGAGAAUGAUGCAAACAUUACGGAUUAUGGGCGCAUAUGAUAACGAGUAUCAAACACAUAAAAAUCAGUAAAAUUCUCGUUCUUCGUCGACAACAUCGAAAGCGUUCUUCUCCCCUUCAGGUGCCACUGCCAGUAGCCCAGCUUUCAUGCGGAAGAAAACGGCGGAAGACGCGUUCGACAAACUGAUGGAAAUACAAGACUCUCCAUUGAAGGAACAGUUGGCUGUGCUCAAGGAAUUCGAGUCUGAUUCGUUUGUCAAGGAAUUCCUGAACAGUAAGUUUAACGAAGGAGACAACCUGGCGAUGCGGCUCGGACAGGCACUCGAUAAUCGCAAGGAAAUUGAGGCCCAAGCGAAGGAGAAGAAAGAAUUGAAGGUACCUCUAUUAUGCGAGUUCUUCGCGGACCUCUGUGCCUGUGGUCUGGUUUUGAGAACAAAAACGAUCGUGAACAACAUGACAGAGAUACAUGAAAUCUCUGAGUCCUAUACCAUAGGAAAGUGACUAACUAUAUCUACACUCGAUACAGUUCUCAUCGAGGUCAGUUUCAUCCAUACAUGUUCCGUGCAUGACUAUAUUACAUCGACAUUAAACCUUUUCUGCAUACAUUUUCAACUUCACCUUUUCAUCUGCAUGCAUGUUCCGUGCAUGACUAUGUUUACUACAUCAUUUUUUUUUCAUCUAGGAGAUGACGGGAACAAAUAAGUAGAAGAUCUUAAUUAUAGUCCUUUAAUAUAUCUCAACGCACCUUCUCCACUGCUUUUUCUAUCAGAACUUAGCGACGGGUGCACAUUUGAACGAGGACCAAGCAAAGACGCUGCUGCCGAUUCUCGCCAAGGUCCGCGACCAGCAAAUGCAGAAGAAAUCCAAGCUCGCAGAAGUUAUGCACAUACCAAACAAAGAACUCUCUUGAUGAUCUUCAUCCCAUGCAAGAACGUUAUACGCACAGACCAAACAAAGAACUCUCUUGAUCUUCAUUUCAUGCAUUGUAGAAGAAAUAAGGCUGAAGUUACUCUUCCUACAGCGGCAACAUUCUCCUGUCUAGAUGAAGAACAGAAUAUUAUUCAGUCUGAAGGGUUGUAGUAUGUAGUUUGAAUCCGCACUUGUGAUGGUUUUUGUACCACGCUGAUAAGUAAAAACCCCUGCUGAGGCCCAUCCACGACUUGGCUCGCUUCUUCAUGUGCAUGAAUCGCCAGCUAGCGACUUUGGAGGAGCAGGAGCGCGUCUUCAAUUAAGGCCAGAGUACAACUUUCCUUCGAACUUGAAGUCUACAACAAUAAAUGAACAUGAAAUUCGGUCAAGUCUACCUCUUCUACAACUAGUAUUCAUCUAUGUCUCAAAACAAUGGACGGUGACUGAUUCUGGCAUCUAGCGCCUGUUUCGUACCUCCGCAUAAGAAUGGAUAUAGCAGGGUGAACUUCUCAAAAAAUUGGCCGAUGCAUGAGGAUAUUCAACUGGAAUCGUUCUUAUCCUAAUUUCAGAAGCGCAAGGCACUGCUUUCCAAGGAAACCAGUGUGCUUGGGGAUGCCGUGCAUGCCAUCGAGGGCGGUGAGAUCGACAACCUGAGUCAGGCGAUGAACAAGCUGAAGGAACUAUCCGUGUGAGCAUGUGAGAGAUCCAGCGUUAUUAUCUUCGUGUCUAGAGCUAGUGGUAGUACUCUCGUUUUGUUUAUGCACAUGAAAAUGGAUCGCGAGGAUCAUGUAUGUAUAGAAGACAGGAAUAGAAAUAGUGCUAGUGGCUUAUAAUCUUUCAUCUAGUAAAAAUACUCGGAUCGUGGAAUCGGUUUAUAUCGUUUCUUUCCAGGUUUAUUCGUUGAAAAGAUGUCAGUAUUCUUCCGAAUUCAAAUAACAAGAUUCAAAUAUAGAGUAAAAAGUGAUAGGUUUUGUGAUGGAAAGAUAAGGCAUUUGUGUCAUCUUGCGCCCUACGACUGAUUUUUUCCACUCUCUGACGAAAAUGGUAAAUGCAAUGGAUGUUGAUCGAUGAAGGGAAAAAGCGGAG